GCUGCCAAGAUCUGCCUCACACCCGAGUGCGUCAAGACCGCGUCGUCCCUCCUGAACGGCAUGGACCAGAGCGCUGACCCGUGCGAGGACUUCUUCCAGUUCGCGUGCGGCGCCUGGAACAAGCGCCACCAGAUUCCUGAGGACCGGUCCAGCGUGUCCACCUUCGAAGUCCUCUCGGACGAGCUGCAGAUCAUCCUCAAAGAUCUCUUGGAGGAGCCCCCUAAUCCUUACGACAACAGCGCCACAAUCAAGGCUAAGACUUUGUACCAUUCCUGCAUGAAGCUGAACGUCAUUGAGGACAUCGGAGACCGGCCUCUGCGCAUCGUGCUGAAGCGCCUUGGUGGCUGGCCCGUGACUCAGCGGAACUGGACGGCGCCCACGUGGACCCUGGAAAGGCUCUUGGGCAUCCUCCGAGGCGACUUCGACCAGGGGGUCAUCGUCGAGCAGUGGGUCGGGCCUGACGACAAGAACUCGUCCGUCAACAUCAUACAGAUGGACCAGCAGCUGGCGUUCGGCUUGCCGAGCCGCGAGUACUACCUAAAGGAAGGUAGCGAAAAGGAUCGCAGGGCCUACCACAGGCUCAUGGUCGAGGUGGCGCUGUUGCUGGGCGCGGAGCCAGAGGAGGCCGACGCGCAAAUGGAACAGGUGCUCCAGUUGGAGACCAGGCUGGCCAACAUUUCGGUUCCCGAAGCAGACAGGCACGAUACCGGUUCCAUCUACAACAAGAUGACCCUCCGAGAACUGUCCGACAUGGUACCACAGUUCAACUGGACCGAGUACAUGUCCACCUUCCUGCCCGUGGACGUGACCGGAGACGAGCCCGUGGUCGUCUACUCGGUGCCCUACCUCCAGCAAAUCGGUCAGAUCCUGCAAGAGCCCGACAGAAGGACGUUGCACAACUUCGCCGUUUGGAGGCUCGUGAACUACUUGCUGACGUACCUGGACGGCGAGUACGCACACAAGAGAAACGACUUCCGCAAGGUGAUGCUGGGCGUCUCAGCUGACAAGGUCCGUUGGCACCACUGCGUCGAGUUGGCCAACAAGAAGAUGGGCAUGGCCGUUGGCGCGCUCUUCAUCAAGGACAACUUCGACCCGCACAGCAAAGAAACGGCCCUCAAGAUGAUCCACAACAUUCGGGAAGCCUUCAACGAACUGCUCAAAGAAAACGACUGGAUGGACCGGGAGACGCGAAAGGUGGCCGAAGAAAAGGCCAACGCCAUGAACGAACGCGUCGGCUACCCGGACUUGCUCACCAACCCGUACGAACUGUCCAAGGAGUACGACUCGCUGGUGGUACACGAGGACCUGUACCUGGACAACGUGUUCAACAUCCUCCGCUUCGAGGCAAUCCGUAACCAGCUCAAGCUGCGUCAGCCGGUCAACAAGGAGAAGUGGACAACAGAGCCAGCGGUGGUAAACGCUUUCUAUAAUCCCAACAAGAAUGAUAUCGUCUUCCCGGCUGGCAUCCUGCAGCCGCUUUUCUACAGCCACCAUUUUCCCAAGUCCCUCAACUACGGCGGCAUCGGAGUCGUCAUUGGUCACGAAAUAACUCACGGCUUUGACGACAAAGGUCGCCAAUUCGACAAGGACGGUAACCUAAAGCAGUGGUGGAACAACCAGACGGUGCGUACCUUCAGAGAGCGGGCGCAGUGCAUGGUGGACCAGUACUCAAGCUACGUCCUCGAAGACGUCAACCUCAAUGUGAACGGGAAAAUGACUCAGGGAGAGAACAUCGCUGACAACGGUGGACUCAAGCAGGCUUACCGGGCGUACAAAAAAUGGGUGAAGCAGUACGGAGAAGAACCACUGCUGCCAGGCAUCAACUUGACCCACGACCAGCUCUUCUUCCUGAAUUAUGCCCAGAUAUGGUGUGGCUCCAUGAGGCCAGAGGAAGCCCUCAACAAGAUACGUACGUCGGUUCACAGUCCAGGCCCGAUUAGGGUCUUGGGGCCGCUGUCCAACUCGUACGACUUCGCCAGGGCCUACAACUGCCCCAACAUGAGUCGCAUGAACCCUGCCAAGAAGUGUUCAGUGUGGUGAUCAGUGCACAACAAAACGCCCAAUAGGACGUGAAAAGACCCGGCAACCCACAAAGCAACAAGCACUCAUCUAUCCAAAACGGACUCGCGACGGCGCUCACGGGAAUGUUGGACGAAGCAGCGUUUAACGCUCAAAACACCCGUACGCUCAAAACACCCGGCAGUGUCAACAUACGCACACAAGCCAAACAAGCAUUUCCAAAAUAUUGGAAGAGUGUGUCGACAGUGACUAUAGCUGAUGCACCUUUGUGGUGUGUUAGCACGAGUGAAUUUCAUUGCCCCAUUGAACCCAACAAAAAAAGGAACCCCACAGCAAAAAUGUUGAAAAGGCAGUGAUUUCAAGGACACUCCUCAGCUCAAAACACUUCAUUUCUACUCCUGCCACGACCCACGACAAAGUUUUGUGGCAAUCUUCAAGGUACUUGUUACCCCACAAAAAUGAUAGCGCAGAGGAAUAGUGGGACUCUAUAAAAAUAUUAAGAAAAUUGUUUGAAGACAGUUGCCAAGCUUUCUUACAACUGUGCACUAUGUGAAACGGCUCGUUCAUGUUCUUUGAUUUUGCUUGUCAUUCGAGCGUCCAACAUAAACUAAACUUACCUCGAUACUUCGCCUAAAGCCUAUGGACGGCAGAAUGCGUCGUGUGUUUGUGUUGACUCGUUUGAGGCCGUUUCGCUCGUUUGGAAGUCUGGCUAUUUGUUUUUAGGUCACAUGACUUCGCUGUGUUACCCGUUCUCGUAGAAACUUUUUGCGAUGAUCUAAACACAGUGGCGUUGCAAGGGGGGGCAGGGGUGCAAUCCGCACACUUUGGGUGCAGUGCUCGGGGGGGGGGGGUGCUGCUGGGCAGUGAAAGGAAGAAGGGGGGCGGUGUUGCAGAGGGCCGUGACAGCGGGGGUGACGCCGCUGUCUGCACACCAGCUGUAAAAUUCUGCAUUGAAUCCAAAGAAAGAAGAUGUGAUUGCCUACUUUCUAAUAUUAUUGUUACAGCAAUGUUCCUCCAAGGCCAGCAAAAAGGACUGGACUUCAAAAAGAGUGCCAAACUUUUACAGACACGUAUGUAUAUACGCUCACACAGCAUCAACUUAAUCAUAAGACUAUAUGAUCACAAUUGUGCACACCGAUAACUGAAUUUACACUUCAGGCACCUUCAUCUGUGUUUCCCAUUGCCUUUUCUUUUGCCUUUCCAGGAUUUCUUGUAAGCAUUACAUCAGAAUGAAAGUAUAUAUCCAUCUCCUCUCAAUUUCUAGAAAAACCAUCACCACACACAAAAUAAAUGUGUUCAUUUUCAUGCGAUUUCACAUUCUAAGGACCCUCCUCUUUCCUGCUUCCUUCCCAUCCCAAGAAGAAAGAUACAAAUAAAGUUUCUCUUU